AUGGUGACUCAAAGGAUCCAUGGCAUCACACACGCCGGGGUUAGACGUCGAUCGCAAGUCUUCUCGGCCCCGGAGCAAGAGCUGGAGCGGUUCUUCUUCCUCCAACAGCUGUGCCUUUGCUCAGAGCUCAACAAGUGGCGCCUGAGUUUUAACAACCAGCGAAGCAUCGAAGAAUAUGGGACGGAGUGUAAGGAUGCAACGCAGAAAGCCAGUGCACAUGGGCAAAGACAGGAGAGAGAGGUCGUCGAGAUCGAUGACUAG